AGAAGUCCAUGCUUCGUGUUGCCGCAGACGACGCUUAACCGAGUUUUACAAUCAACCAGUGAUCUUCUCUGAUCAUCAUUUUCUACAGAAGGAUCACCAAAUCCACGUUUUGGUGAAUUUUGAAUCUAGCCUAUAUGAUUUCGAGUUUGGUACGUAAAAGUUUUCAAUCCGAACUUUUUACUGGGUACUCAACAAAAUUUGUUGCUGGAAUUCUUGGUCCUAAAUUAGGACAAGUUAAUCGGCAAAUAGAUUAUCGACAAAUUCGACGAAGUAUGAAGGAAGAAGUUCUUGAUGGAAUUUUUUCAGAAACAGAUUUGAAAUCCAACAAAAGAUCCUUUGAUAAGACUGAUGAUGUGAAAAAUGGGAAAACAUUGGAAGAAACAAACAAAAAACCUCGCUUUCAAAAGAAAAAAAAAUUUGCUAUUCUUUUGAGUUAUUCUGGUCAAAAUUAUUUGGGCAUGCAAUUUAAUCAUGGAUUCAAAACUGUUGAAGGAGAAUUGUUUCAAGCAUUCAUGAAACUUGAAAUAAUGGAUGAUGAGUCUUUUAAAUCUCCACAGACAGUGCAUUUUCAAAGAGCAGCACGCACAGACAAAGGAGUAUCGGCUGUUCGUCAAGUGAUUUCAUUAAAAAUGAGAACGCCAGAUGAAGAUUUGGUUAAUCAGCUAAAUUCAUUGCUUCCUAAUUGUAUAAAAGUGUUUGCCAUGAGGAAGGUUACGGGAGGUUUUAAUAGCAAAAUUGCCUGUGAUUCAAGAUCUUAUUCUUAUGUGAUGCCCACCUUUGCAUUCACAUCAAAAGAAGUAGCUCCCACCCAUGAAUAUCGAGUGACAUCAAAAAUUCUUGAUGAAGUCAACUCAUUGCUUUCAGUUUUCAAAGGCACGCGAAAUUAUCAUAACUUCACAUCAGGCCGACCUGCUCAAGAUCCUAGCUGUAAACGUUAUAUUACGCAAUUUUCUUGUGGCGACCCUUUUAUGAUUAAAGAAGUGGAAUUCGUAAAAAUCACCAUUAAGGGACAAAGUUUCAUGCUGCAUCAAAUACGAAAAAUGAUUGGCCUUACCAUUUCGGUGAUGCGUGGAUUUGUCCCAAGAGAAAUACUAGAUAAAGCCUUUAAAAUGGAACGUGUCAAUGUACCCACCGCCCCCAGUUUAAAUCUGUUGUUAGAGGAGCCGCACUACGAUAGCUAUAAUCGUCGUUACGGGGGUGAUGGAAUCCAUGAAACUUUAGACUGGAGCUCCUUUGAUAAAGACAUAGAAACAUUCUGCGGUGAUUUUAUUCUGCCAAUUAUUUAUAAUGGCGAGAUGGACAUUCAAAACGGUUCAAUGAUAACUUGGUUAUUGACAUGUUUACCCAUUCAUACUUACGAAUUCCCUCCCGACUCGAGUGAAAAAGUUACGGAUUCCACAUUGGAAUGAAAUCUUGCUCAGUUUUUAGUUCUGUAAUAGCAUUGAUGAAAUAAUUGCUAUGAACGAAAUUAAAUCUGUCUUUUGUACCAA